AUUUACAUUAAUCGAGAAUUAAAUGGUCUUCAAGUUUCAUUCACUUCUCUCGGAGAUUUCAAAGCAUCAUCAGACAAUAUUAAAUACCAAACAAUUGCAUGCUCUGAUCGCCAAGACCCAUCUCUCCGCUGAUCCAUUUUUUGCGACAAAAAUUGUAAGGUUCUAUGCGGUCAACGAUGAUCUUAGCUCUGCGCGCAACCUGUUCGAUGAAACUCCUCAACGAAGCAUCUUCCUUUGGAAUUCCAUUAUACGCGCUUAUGCAAAAGCCCACAAAUUUAAUAACGCGCUAUCAUUGUGCAGAAGAAUGCUCAGAAGUGAAACCAAACCCGAUAAGUUUACUUACGCUUGUGUAAUACGUUUGUGCUAUGAGAACUUCGAUGUAGAGACAAUAAGACUUGUUCAUGGGAAAGUAAUAGUUUCUGGAUUGAGAUUGGAUUCCUUUUGCGGGAGUGCACUUGUUACUGGUUAUUCAAAAUUGGGCCUUGUGGGUGAAGCCAGCAAGGUGUUUUACGGGAUACCCGAAAAGGAUUUGGUUUUGUGGAAUUCUUUUAUUUCUGGAUGCGGGCAUUCUGGAUUGUGGUAUGAAGGGUUGCAGUUAUUUCAUUGGAUGCGACAAAUAGGAAAGCAGCCAGACGGGUACACUUUAGUUGGAUUGAUCUCAGUUUUAGUGGAUUCUAGCUUGUUAAGAGUUGGCCAAGCAGCUCAUGCUUUUUGUUUGAAAAGUGGCUUUGCUUCCAAUCCUCAUGUGAGCAGUUCUCUUGUAAGCAUGUACUCAAGAUGUAAGUCCAUCGAUUCAGCAAAUGCUGUUUUUAAUAGUUUACCUCAGCCUGAUUUAGUUUCUUCGUCAGCUUUGAUAACUGGGUGUUCUCAGUCAGGAGAUUAUAAGAAAGCAAUGUUUUUCUUCAGGAAACUGACCAUGGAAGGGAAAAAGAUAGAUUCCAUUUUGGUUUCCAGUAUUCUGGCAUCUGCUGCUCAAUCUGCAAAUGUGUGGGCUGGCAGAGAGAUACAUGGUUAUGUUCUUCGCCAUGGAUUGGAAUUUAAUGUCAUGGUUUCCUCUACUCUGAUGGACCUGUAUUUCAAGUGUGGUUUUAUGGUCUUGGGGAUUCGUGUUUUUGAAAGUAUGCCAGAAAGAAAUGUAAUUUCCUAUAAUUCACUUAUUUCAGGACUUGGUUUGAAUGGACUUGCUUCUGAGGCCUUCAAGUUGUUCCAUGAGAUGCUAGAGAAGGGACUAAAACCUGAUGAUUCUACUUUCUCUGCUCUGCUUUCUGUUUGCUGCCACAGGGGUCUUGUUGAUGCUGGCCGGGAAAUCUUCAGGAGGAUGAAAUAUGAGUUUUCCAUCCAAGCUAGAACAGAACAUUAUGUUUACAUGGUAAAGCUCCUUGGUAUGGCUGCAGAGCUGGAUGAGGCAUAUGAUCUUGUGUCAUCCUUGCCAAAGCCAGUGAACUCUGGCAUCUGGGGAGCACUACUAUCAUGUUGUGACAUGCAUGGGGACUUUGAGUUGGCAGAAAUUGUAGCACAGCAACUCUUUGAAAAUCAGCCAGAAAAAGGUGCUUACAGAGUUAGCCUUUCUAACAUAUAUGCUGGCAAAGGGAGGUGGGAUGAUGUGCAGAAAUUGAGGGAUGACAUAACAGAACUUCAAGUAAGGAAAGUGCCAGGGGUUAGCUGGAUUGGAAUUUGAAGGAAUUAAGUCAACAAUCCUCAUGUAUACCACUAACUGUCAGCAGAUUCCUCAAGGUUUGCUGCCGCAAGUGGCUUCACCCCACAAACAUUUACUUUUUUGCACAUUUUCUGGUGCAAAAGAGCUGUGACUUCAACUGGCAGUGAUUUCCAAAGGCUUAAGGGCUUGUAAAUCUGCGAACACUGCCAGAAGUUCACUUCUAUCAUUGUUGGUUUUACUCAAUCCAAGAUAUUUCACGUCUGCUGCUCGAUGAAUCUGGAAAGCUCUUUUUCCAGUUAUCUUCUUGAUAUAAUACCUCUAAAGCUCUUGCACACAGAAAAGAUAGCUGGUUCUUCUUGUGUCACUGUUUGCCAACAUACGUCUUUGAUCUCUGAGUGCAGAAGAGAUAUCACUUUCCUCAACCAAUAGGGAAAGUUUGAUCCCAGUGUGAAGAACUCUACCAAAGCCUCAGCUCUUCCCUACGAAGCAGACUGACAAUGUCAUGUUAACUGUCAAAGGUACUCUAUUUCAGACAAAUAUCUUGCAAACUUUUUGAAGGUUUUGGAUCUUAUGCGUUAUGGAUACUCAUUUCAUUUCUCUCCUUUCUUUGUAAAGUUGAGAUGUGCUCUCUAGGCUGAACCAAGUGAUCUGGUAUUAAGAUUUCAAAAGUAGCCUUACUUCAUUUUCAGCCCAAUCAAAAGAACCCAGAAGAAAAGUGAAAGAAUUAUAUGAUGAUAAUGGUGCAAGCUGAAAAAAUUUUCAGUAAUCAG